CUUCCGGGAUAGCCUUGGUGAAGUUUUUCCGUUGUCCGGUACAGAUUUGGAAAGUGCUUUAUCGUAUCUAAUUAAAGAAACAUGCCUUUCAUUGAUUUAGAGACCAAUUUGCCCGCAAGUAAGUUCUCAGAGGACUUUCUGAAGAAGCUAUGCUCCACGACAGCCGCAACUCUUGGGAAGCCGGAGGACAGGAUGAGUCUCGUGGUGAAGCCCGACCUACCGAUGCUCGUCGCCGGGUCGAGCGCCCCGUGCAUGUUGGUGUCGGUGUCCGCCGUAGCGGUGACCGACACCGCGGAGAAAAACAAGGAGCACAGCGCCAAGAUCUUCCAGUUCCUCACGCAUGAGCUGGGCAUUGGCGAAGACCGUAUCGUGAUAAGGUUCUACCCACUGGAACCAUGGCAGGUGGGGAAGAAGGGCACAGUCAUGAGCUUCCUGUAGGACCGCCCACCCCUGCAGGGCCCUGUAGGACCGCCCACCCCCGCAGGGCCCUGUAGGACCGCCCACCCCCGCAGGGCCCUGUAGGACCGCCCACUCCCUCAGGGCCCUGUAGGACCGCCCACUCCCUCAGGGCCCUGUAGGACCGCCCACUCCCUCAGGGCCCUGUGCCGAGCUCCUGCACCUGUCUCUCGGAGCGAGGUCAGAGAAAUGCAGAACUUUCUUUGUGACCACAUAACACAGAAACCAGACUGAAUUCUGAGUUAAUUACCUUUCAGAUGUGGUUGUGGUUGCUAUCUGAAGGUUUCAGUAACGUGAAUUAUGAAAUACAUGCUGUAGGUUGUACUGAGAAUCCUGGAGUACAGGCUGAUUUUUAAUGAGACUGUUGUUAUGUCAGUGUGACAGUACUGAAAUAAAAUAUGUUGUUUAGA